AUGGCACCCCCGCAGCUCAAAACAGGAGCUCAGGUCCGUCUCGCCAGUCGGUCGAACCAGCACCUGAAAUCCACCGCCGGCCUUGCGCCGUCGUACCUACAAGCCAAUCUCAUCGUUCUCCCAUCCCGCUAUGCAUCCGACUUCCGUGACCUGUGCGCGCGGAACCCCGUCCCGUGCCCGCUGUUGGCCGAGUCAGUCUCCCCGGGAGACUACGCCAACCUCAAAUCUUACAUCCCGGGCAUUCAAUCCGGCGAAGCUAUUGCCAGCUCUCUCGACAUCCGAACCGACGCACCCCGAUUCAACGUCUACGUUGACUCUGUCCUGGCAAAGGCUGGUGUCGUGGACGUCGUAGAUGAGUGGGAGCCGGACCACGUAGCCUUUCUCAUCGGGUGCAGCUACAGCUUCGAGUCGGCCCUGGCUGCGGCAGGCUUGACCCCCCGCCACAUCGUGCUCGACCGCAAUGUGUCCAUGUAUCGGACCAGCGUGCCCCUCAAUCCGGCCGGCGUCUUCACCGGGGCUACGUACGUUGUCUCCAUGAGGUCCUAUAAAGCUUCCGAUGUCGACAAGGUCCGCGCCAUCACUCGCCGAUACCUCCCCACCCACGGAGAGUGCAUUGCCUGGGGGUGGGAUGCUGUUGCCAAGCUGGGUAUCCAGGAUAUUGACUCGCCAGAGUGGGGUGACAAGCCGCUGACUGUCGAUGGUAAACCUCUUGGUCUCAUGAAGGGGGACGACGCGGACGUCCCUGUCUUUUGGGGCUGCGGUGUCACGCCGCAGGAGGCUAUUGUCAGGGCUGGUCUUGAGGGGACCGUUUUAGGCCAUGCUCCCGGGCAUAUGAUCCUGUUGGAUACUCUGGAGAACGACAUAUUGGCACAAUCAUGA